AUGCGCAUUAGAACUACACCGCUAUACGUCGACAUGGCCUCAACCGAGGUAGGCAGGAGCAGCGAACAGAGCCCUCUCGACCGCCUCUCGAGCCUCCUCGAACGCAAAUAUAAGAUGCAGCUUGACCGGCUCGAAAAGCGUAUACCGCACGUGGUGCCGCCAUGGUGGAUCCCACCUUUCGUCCGCAUCAAUGAGUCUGCAGAGGAGGCAAUCAAGGAGCACGAUGCCGUCGAGCCAGGAACGCUUUGCAUCUACCCUGACGGAAGUGGCAUUGACGAUCACGUCGGAGCAGCUGUCGUAACGCGUGCACCACACGCCAACGGACCCUGUACGAAGCGGACUCGGUAUAUGGGUACACCCAGAACCUCCACGGUGUACGCGGCGGAGCUGGGAGGCCUCGUUCUGGUACUGCAGCUAGCACUCGACACACCACCAAUAUGCGUCCCGUCAGAUAGGUGCGCCGAUGUGUUCACCGACAACCAAGCUGCUAUCCAGGCCAUCCGGAACCCCAAGCAUCCAUGCGGGCAGUACAUUCUGGUCGAGGUUAUUCAAGCACUCGAUGAGCUUCGGAGCCAGGGGUGGCGAGCCCAGUUCCGAUGGAUUCCAGCACAUGCUGGAGUGCCAGGUAACGAGGCCGCCAGAAGCAGACCCACUACGAACACUCACGGCAACCACCAAGUCCGCCAUUCGCUGAGCGAUAAGAGGCGAGUAGGACACGGCCUGGGAGAAUGCCAAGCACGGUAA